GACUAAUAGCCAUUAUAAUACCAAACGAACAACAACAACAACAUGUAGAGCAAAUUUUCCAAAAUGAACUGACGUGCUUUUUGGAAAUUGUCACUUUGCUGUAUGAAAUAUGGAAGGGAAAGUGGAUUGCGAGGACGAUACGAACCCUGAGGCUGAAGCUUUAGAGACGGAGGUGAUGCCAACCCUAUCGAAAAACCAAUUGAAGAAACAGCUCAGGCUUCAAAGAUGGGCAGAAACAAAGAAGGAGAGAAGGAAAAAGGAGAAAGAGAAGAUCAAAGAAAAAAAGAGGAAGAUGUUGGAAGAGGCGAGACAGCAAGGACUAGAUGAGGAAAGCCUUGGCGUGAAGAAGAGGAAGAUGAGUGACCCUGAAGCUAGUAACAUCAGGGUAGCCGUCGACUGUGCUUACGACUCUCUCAUGGUAGAAUCAGACGUCAAGAAGCUAAUCAAGCAGAUACAGAGGUGUUAUUCAGAGAACAGAAAAGCAAACAAACCUCUCCAGUUCUAUGUAUCCAACCUGAAAGAUAAGACAAAGCAGAUCUUGGAUGAUGUCAUCGAAGGUUACCAAAAAUGGGAUAUUCACUUCAGGGAGGAAGAGCCUGAAGCAACGUUUGGUGCAGACAACAUUGUCUACUUGGCAGCCGAGUCUCCUAACAUGCUCCAAGACCUGGAUCCUAACAAGGUCUAUAUCAUCGGCGGUCUAGUGGAUCACAACCAUCACAAGGGGUACUGCUAUGAGAAAGUGUUAGAGCAGGGUUGGAGCCAUGCGCAGCUUCCUAUUGGUGACUUUGUGAAAUUGAACUCUAGGAAAGUUUUAGCAGUCAACCAUGUUUAUGAGAUCAUCCUGGCCUAUAUUCAACUUGGCAACUGGAAAGAUGCUUUCUUCCAAGUCUUGCCAAACCGCAAGGUGGAAAAGUUUCUCUCUGAAAACAACUCAGCUCAUGACGACAUGAAUCAAUCAUCAUCAAAUCUUAAUGAAGCCUCCGUCGAUGAACAGGAUCAGAACGCAUCAAAGGAGGAGGAGGUCUCUGUUGUUAACGCAAGACAAGAAGAGGAGAAUCAUUCUGUUGAUGACAGGACAAGCGAGGAUGGUGAUUCAGAUGAUGAUCAACGUCUGGGGAAGGACCUUCAAAAUGAUGUCAUUAGCUCUGUUGAGAAUACCAGCAGUACAUGCACGAGGAGUGAGAACUUAAUCAACCAAAGCGAUGCAAAAGAGUUUCACUCAGAAAAACUUGACUUUGAUAAGAAGCCGACAGUUAAAGUUGAUGAAUGUGGAGAUAAGGAUGCAUUAAGCUGACAGAAACAUUUUUGAAAGGGAGGAAAACCUGUCUGUCAGUGCAAUGACUGAGUGAGUGUGGAUAAAAAUGUUCCACAAUUGGAUGAUUAAAGUUGUUGUAUAUGUUAUAACAUGAUAGAUUAAGUGUCUUGUAAUCAAAGUUUGUUUAAAUGAUAGCAAAAUGGAGUCCACAAUCUUUGGUUUAAUGUGAGGGCAAAUGCCAGUAGUGAUCAUGCAUGGAUUCUCCUGUUUUUCCUCCUUCAUUUAACAAUUUAAAUCAAGUAUGUGAAAUUACAUAAAUGAACAGCACCAAUUUGAAUCAGUUUUUAAAAAUCAUGACUUAAAUCAAUUAUUUUAAUCAGCUUUGUAUUAGAAAAUAAGGUCUAAUUACCUGCCAACAAAAUAAUGGAGUGUUAGCUUUAAUGCUUGUUCAGGUAAACUGCAGUAAAUAAUGUUUUGUUUU